AUGACCUCGAGCAGCGACCACUUUAGCCACGAAGUCAUUCGACUGCGAACCAACUACCAGGACAAGCGUCAGAGAUCCAACCUAUUCCCUCCUACAGGUCUACCUAUACUAGACAUGGAGACUGUACCGGGGGAAAGGCCGUCUAUGAGAUUCUGGCAUGAUGAUGGCACCGAGGUUGGACGAUUCGUCCACCUCUUCGACAUGCCAGGAAAAUUGUCUGGCCAAAUUCUCCGCUUGGAGCGAAACUUACCUCCAGUUGGAGGUCAUUUCGAAAUUGAAGGCGACCAUUUUCGCAGUCUCGAAACAUGCCCUAAUCUACCGCAACCUAUCCCAGAUGACUUCGAGGAUAUCCAAGAUCUCGUUAUGCAGCUGCCACUUGUUCACGUCGACCCUUCGAAGCAUUUCCUCAAAAAGGGGAAAUACAGGAGCGAGAUUGAGAACCUAUUAACAUGUCAGGGCGGGUCGUGUCCCGGGUCUAUUCUUUCCAACCACCUUGUUCGCCUCCUUGGCAGAUCUUCUGACGGGCAGCUGGUCUUCGAAAAGUUGGCCACGAGGGCCAUCUUGGCGCGAUUUUCCUCCCUGGCGAUUUACAAGCGCUGGAUACUCCAUAUCAUCGACGGGCUAGCCUGUCUUCACGAUUUCGGCAUCGUUCACCGAGAUCUUCACAUCGGUAAUUGUCUCUUUGCGCAAGACGGCAGCCGCUUAGUAAUCUGCGACCUCGAGAGUCGUUGGGGUCUGAGGGCCGCUCCCGAAAUUGCAUUUAGUGGUGGACUAGACUCCGGAUGGACCACUCGUUCUGACAUCUAUGACAUCGGAAAUUACAUCAAGUGUAUGGUGUAUGCUAAUGCGCCAAUUGCAAGCCAGGUCGAGUGGCCAGUUCCAGAACCACUCCGAGCCGUUGUCGAAGCAUGCAUGCACGAAGAGCCAAAUAAAAGGCCGACACUGCUUGCGCUGCGGCAAAUGGUCGAGGCACUGCCUGUACAUGAUACCUGA